GGGCCAAUGCGGCGCGGGGGGCGGGGAUUGUUUACGUCCCGCUCCGGAGCGAAAAGUAGGUCACGGCCGGCCCGGCGGAGCGCGGCGGCGGCGGCGCGGCUGCAGAUUCUCUCCACCAUGGCCAGACGCCCCCGGAGCAGCAGGGCAUGGCAUUUUGUCCUGAGUGCGGCCCGCCGAGACGCAGACGCCCGAGCUGUGGCUCUGGCAGGCACCACUAACUGGGGCUACGACUCAGACGGACAGCACAGUGACUCGGAUUCCGACCCCGAGAGCUCGCCCCUGCCACCAUCCAUCCCCAGCGCGGUGCCCGUGACCGGGGAGUCCUUCUGUGACUGUGCCGGCCAGAGCGAGGCCACCUCCUGCAGCAGCCUGCACGUGGCCCACCGGGGCAAGGACUGCCGCUGCGGGGAGGAGGACGAGUAUUUUGACUGGGUCUGGGAUGACCUGAACAAGUCCUCGGCCACCCUGCUGAGCUGCGACAACCGCAAGGUCAGCUUCCACAUGGAGUACAGCUGUGGCACUGCAGCCAUCCGGGGCACCAAGGAGCUGGGAGAGGGCCAGCACUUCUGGGAGAUCAAGAUGACCUCGCCCGUCUAUGGCACCGACAUGAUGGUGGGCAUCGGGACGUCGGACGUAGACCUGGACAAGUACCACCACACGUUCUGCAGCCUGCUGGGCCGGGACGAGGACAGCUGGGGGCUCUCCUACACGGGGCUCCUUCAUCACAAGGGAGACAAGACAAGCUUCUCCUCGAGGUUCGGCCAGGGCUCCAUCAUCGGUGUGCACCUGGACACCUGGCACGGAACACUGACCUUCUUUAAGAACAGGAAGUGCAUAGGAGUGGCGGCCACCAAGCUGCAGAACAAGAAGUUCUACCCAAUGGUGUGCUCCACGGCGGCCAAGAGCAGCAUGAAGGUGAUCCGCUCCUGUGCCAGCGUCACCUCCCUGCAGUACCUGUGCUGUUACCGGUUGCGGCAGCUGCGGCCAGACUCAGGGGACACGCUUGAGGGCCUGCCCCUGCCGCCUGGUCUCAAGCAGAUGCUGCGCAACAAGCUGGGCUGGGUCCUGAGCAUGAACUGCAGCCACCGCAAGCCCCCGGCCCCCUCGCCCAAGGCGGCCGCAGCCAGUCCCGGCGGCCCCGAGACCAGGCCCUGCCAGAGGAAACGCUGCCGACGGACCUAACUUAUUUUCCAAUGAAAACUGCCUUCUUGGGCCUGGACAGCUGUUUUCUCUGUCCCUUCCUUC